CCGGAGAGUACACACGGCAAUUAGUAGACUUUGACGAAACGAAACGAAUUCCCAAAAUGUCAGCUUUGGUAAAUUACUCAAGUUCUGAGGAUUCUGACGACCAACAAUUAUCAAAUAGUAGUCAAGUUAAAGGCAAUGGAGAUGUUAAGACAACUUUACCUGUACCAGAGGACAUUCAGAGUUUAUUUAAGGAUAUUGGUAGUGAUAGAAAUGUAAAAAAUGACCCUAACAGUCACGGAGGGAGGGUACGAUCCUUUCAGCAUGAAGAAGGAAACUGGGCAACUCUAGUGUUUGCACAAUACAACACGGAUGAUGAUUUUUCACGAAUGCAGCAAGAAUUGUUUCUAUGUUUGAGACCUUUGGAAUUUCAGCCAAUGGAUGAUUACCAUAUUAGUUUCUCCCGGACAGUGAGUAUCCGUCACCAUUGGAUACAGGACAUCUGUGAUUCUCUGGCAAAGGACUUUACUCAUUUAGAAGGCUGUUGUUGUGAAAUUGAUGGUGUUGAAGUGUUAACAAAUGAUGAAAAAACAAGGUCUUUCUUGACAUUAUCAGUAUCUCCAGCUGAUGAUUUACUUCACCAGUAUGUCUCUGUGGUCGACACGUGUUUUGAGCAGUACAAAUUACAGAAAUAUUACACGCCACCCUGUUUCCAUGUCAGUGUUGGUUGGUGCCUUGGUGAUGUUACAGACAGCGUAACAAAGAAAACCAAGUUAAAACUAAAGGAAAUCUUAGAAAGGACAUUACAAGAAAGUUCAGAUCUAAAAUAUUUCUACAUAGAUAAACUCCUCAUGAAGACUGGAAAUAAACAGUUUGUGUUUCAACUUGACACCGCUUCUCAGGUCACCUGAAUGGAGCGAUUCGACAAGAUUUGUCAAAUAUUCUGUGAUCAGUGUUUUGUAACUAAAGGAAGAGGUAGGGCUGUAUAAUGCUAGCACAAGACACUUCCCGUAAACAUCAACUGAAUGACAAAUGAUGUCAUGUUGGUGAAAUAUUUUGCAUGCAUCUUAGAUAAAAGAUGAAUUAGAACACUUCCCAGGGUUUUGCCUUGUUGAAGACAUGUUGCAAUAUUUGUGUGUAACUUACCAAAUAAACAGCUUGCACAACAUUUAA